AUGAGCUUUGUUAAAAAUAAUUCUAAUGCUUUCUUAAAAGAAUCCAACUUAUUCAAACCAAUCACUGUUGGUGAUAUAACGUUGGGCCAGCGCAUCUCUAUGUCACCAUUGACUAGAAUGAGAGCAGAUCCGUCUAAUCAUGUUCCAAAAGAAAUCGUCACUACCUACUACAAACAACGUGCUGAAAGGAAAGGAACUUUAAUCAUCUCAGAGGCCACUUUCAUCUCAGAGGCCGCUACUGGUUACGACCAUGCGCCAGGUAUCUAUUCAAAAGAACAAAUUGAGGCUUGGAAGAAAAUUAUCAAAGCUGUUCAUGAUGAGGGCUCAUUCUUCUUCUCUCAACUGUGGAGUUUAGGAUGGCAAGCAUCCCCAGAGUCGAUCGCCAAGCAUGGUUUGCAAUAUUUGGCCCCUUCUGAGUCUCCAUUCAUGGAUGAAACGCAAGAAAAAGCCUGUAAGGAUAACAACGUCAAGCAACAUGCAAUGACUAAAGAGGAGAUCAAGAGCAUGGUUGCUGACUAUGUUCAAGCCGCUAAGAAUGCAAUUGAGGCCGGUGCUGAUGGUGUAGAAAUCCAUGCUGCUAAUGGUUACUUACCAAAUCAAUUUUUGGAUCCACUGUCUAACAGAAGAACUGACGAAUAUGGUGGUUCUAUUGAAAAUAGAUGUAGAUUUGUUUUGGAGAUUGUCGAUGGCGUCAUUGAAGCUGUCGGUGCUUCUAAAGUCGGCAUCAGACUUUCACCAUACGGCACGUAUGGUUCCAUGACCGGCUCUGCAGACCCAACUCUAUUAGCUACAUAUGCCUUCGUAGUUGGUGAACUUGAAAAGAGAGCUAAAUCUGGUAAAAGAAUGGCUUAUAUACAUGCCAUCGAGCCGGAGAAAUCAGAUAUUGAAGCUGGUAAGUCUCUAAAUUUUAUUUUCUCCAUUUGGGAAGGUGUGGUUAUUAGAGCUGCUAAUAUGAUCCAAAAUUUUGAGAAAACCAAAGAAUUCGUCGAUAACAACGACAGAACAAUCAUCUCAUAUGGCUCUUUUUUCAUUGCUAAUCCAGAUUUGAUCGAUCGUUUGGAAAAGGGCUUGCCAUUUAACAAGCCUGAUGUUUCCCUUUUCUUCACUAGAGAAAAGGAAGGUUACAUUGAUUAUCCAGUGUACGCAGACGCUGUUAAGCUAGGUUACAAAUUAGAAGAAUAA